GAGAAGUCAGAGGAUACGCUACUUCAUGUUGAGUGGACCUUUUACAACUAUCGUAUUGACUUUGACGGAAUGUGGAGUUUUGUACGACCUAUGUAUCUUGCAGCUAGUAUCGUGCGUGAGCCUCGAAGCAGAAGGCGAACGGUGGACGAACGCCACGACUACCCAAUCCAACUUGCUGUACUCGUCAAGAAUUGAGGUCUAUAACGCCACCUUUCCCAAGCUGCACGUAUCGCAGUAUCCUUUCUCUCGGAGCGUGUCUGGCUGAUGGUAGACAUUUACUUGGAGAAAAGCGUGGCAAGCCACUUCGUGGGUCGAUCUUAAAG